AUGCCAAAAGCCACAAGGAAGAAGAAGGAAAAACAAGCUGAUUUCACUAAAGCGAAAUUGAAGCUUGGUAAAGGGAAGAAACAAGCUAGUAAUGCUACCGACACUUCGUUCAAGGCUAGAUCCAUUGCUUUACCUGGACAACAAGCUAUCUCCCGAGCUAUCCUUAAUUCCGAUGGACUAGGUCCAAGCGAACCUACCACCGCCAAUGGUCUUACGUUGGAAGAUCUGUUUAUUCGAUUCAGACAUCCUAAUGCUGGUGUCAGGAGGGAAUCUUUGGGAGGAGUCAAGGAAAUCUUGUCGAUUGAUGUGGGAAGGGACAUUGGGAAAGUUCUUAGAGCUUUAGGAGGACUAGUUUCUGAUGAUGACGCAACGGUACGAAAGGCUUUGAUAGGUCUUCUAGCAUGGUACCUCCCUCAAUUUCCAGUCUCCACACUCUCACCUCAUCUUCCUCUAUUAAUCCUUCAGACAUCCUCAUCACUCUCGCACAUUUUCCCUGAAAUCCGAUUAGACGCCUGUAAACUCGUCCAUCUCCUCCUCACCCACGUGCCCUCACACGUAGUGGGCAAUUGGCCGAGGGAAUCGUCGAAUAUACUCGAAGGUCUGAGAUUGGCUGUUGGUCUAGGAGUGAAUAGUCAGAUUGGGAGGUUGACUGGCGGAGCGAAGCUUGUCACCCUAAGAGCGAUGAUGGAGUUUGUCAAGAAAGGUCUAGGUCAGGGCGAAGAGCAGAGUAACCAAGAGUGGUUAGAAGGCUGGGUAGAAAAGAAGGACAAAGGCAAGGGUGUUGAAAUAAAGGUGAAGAAUGAACCUACGUUUGAAGACUUGGCUCAAGAGGGUUGGGUCGUAGGUUCAGGAUGGGAUUUGCAGAAAGAAGUAGAAGUUUCAUGGGAAGUUGGGAGGCUGACCGCUCAGGGGAACGAGGAUGAGGAUGGAGUUCUGUCUGUUCUAUCACAAUUAUACAUUUCCUUACAUCCCUUACUUCUCUCUACAUUCCUCGAGAACGCUCCCACUGCAUUUUCACCGUCAUCCACAUCAUCGACUCCAUCUACCGAAGAUAUCCCUCUGGCACUUUGCACCACUACCGCAUCCCUGACUGAAUUACUCGCCCGUGCCAUCCUCACUCGAUCGUCUACCACCAUUUCGACAGAACUGAAAGAAGUUAGAGGUAAUAUAUCGGAUUUCCUAAAACGGAUGGCAGCAUGGUUCCCUUUCUCCUCUAAUCGAUUAAACGUCCCCACGCCGAGUGGACUGACAGCGGGAUUCGAGCUGUCUUUAGUAUACUCGAAUUUGGCAGUAUUACUUGCUCCCAGACCGGUCGAGCUGAUCUGGCCUAAAGAUACCAGGAACACGAAGGAAAUAGGUUGGAAAGAGCGUGUAAGGGUCAUUGAAAAUACAUGGGAAGAGAUGAGGAGGAAACAGAACGUAAAAGGGAAAGGCAAGGAAAGUGCAGAUGAAUGGGCAUUGGAAGAAGUCGCCUCAUGGGUUGUUGAAGUACUCGCUCCAAAGAAAGAUAUCUUAUCUCCCCAACUCACCCCUGCAGCUUACACUGCCAUACUCCCAAUUAUAUUUUCUCUUCUCAUCCAGCCCCCCUCUAGGUCCAUCGACGAGGAGGAUAUACCCUCGACAGUUGGCGAUGCCUUCCUUUCUCACCUUUUGAGAACAAGCUCGACCUCCUCCAUACGCACUGUUGGAGAUGGGUUCGUAGUCACUUUAACAGAAAUACAUGAACAACGGCAUCCGAGGUAUCCAUUUUACAUACCAUUUAGCAACACAGAAUUGAGAGGUAAAUUUCAAACAUGGUUCGAGAGUUUACCUAAAGUACUUUGGGAAUUGGGUACCAAGGAUGAAGGUGCUACUCAGCAGAUAUUGGAGUUUUUGUUGAGGCUGGGACUAAGGGGGAAAGAAGCUUUGGAUGAUAAGUAUAGUAUACUCAGUGCUGACAAAUUUACAUCGAUAUCAUCGAAAUUGGCACCAUUCUUCCACCUCCAACAUCCCUCGAAGGGAUCGAUACCUGGUCCAUGGACAAAGUUGUCUGAUGCGAAAGUGAAGAAGCUAGGAUUGGACGUGGUACGAGUUUGGAUUGAAUGGGAUGAUGGAAGAUUGAAGGAUGCUACGUCCAGAGCGGUCAGGGAUGGUGAAUGGGAGGGUUACUGGUUGAGGUGA